AUGGAUCAAAAAGGAGGGCACACACAGCCCCAGGUGCCAAACAUAGUCAGUGCAACUCAUCUCCCAUUUGGCAUAAAUCAGUAUGACUCUAAUCAAAUAGCAGGGACUCCUGGUAGGGGAUCAGUUGUAACGUCUGUGGGGUCUGUUGGGUCUACUGGCCCUGCUCCUAGUGGAGCACAGUUGGCACAACAACAGCUAGCUUACCAACAUAUGCAUCAACAGCAGCAACAACAAUUGCAUCUGCAACUUCAAUCUUUUUGGGCAAAUCAGUACCAAGAAAUUGAAAAAGUUACAGACUUUAAGAACCAUAGUCUUCCCCUUGCAAGGAUCAAGAAGAUCAUGAAGGCUGAUGAAGAUGUAAGAAUGAUAUCAGCAGAGGCACCCAUUGUAUUUGCCAGGGCAUGCGAAAUGUUCAUAUUGGAGCUGACUUUGCGAUCGUGGAACCAUACUGAGGAGAAUAAGAGGAGGACACUUCAAAAGAAUGAUAUUGCUGCAGCUAUUACUAGGACUGAAAUUUUUGACUUCUUAGUAGACAUAGUCCCGAGGGAAGAUAUAAAAGAAGAAGCAUUAACAUCAGUGCCAAGAGGUCCAGUGCCUGUUGGAGGGCCUUCAGAUUCAUUCCCAUACUACUAUAUGCCUCAGCAGCAGUCCCCACAGCCUGGAACUUCUGGGAUGAUCAUGAGCAAACCAGUUAUGGAUCCUGCUCUUUUCUCGCAACCACCUCACCCCUUCAUGGCUCCUCAAAUGUGGCCACAAGCACCACAACAAGCGCCACAACAAGGUCCACAUCAGGCACACCAGCAACCACAAUCACCCUCAGAUUCUUAG